AUGGCAAUUGUAACAUUAGAAAGUGAAGAAGAAAAAAGGAAACUUAUAGGACAAAUAUGGAAAGCAAAAGAAUAUAUGAUUAAAAUAAUGAAUAUAAAAAUAAAAACAUGUUAUAGAUGUCAUGCAGAAAAGUAUUUG